AUGCGGCCCCUCUUGCAGGUCCUGAUGGGGCUGCUGCUGGCGGCUGCUGCCCAGGGGAGGGCGAUGGAGCCAGAGCUAUUUGAGAGACCAUUGCUGGAGUCAGAAGAGGAACAUCUCCUGCUGGAUCCAGGCAACACUUUGAAGCUCUACUGUGAUGCCAACCAGAGCGGUGCCAACGUGGUCUGGUACAAGGAGUCCCGUCCACUUGUCCUGGGAAAUCGCAUCCGCCUGCGGCAGAGCCUACUGGAGAUCUCAGAGGUUGCCUACGAGGACUCGGGGCUCUACAUCUGCCGGGCGCAAGGGACUGGGGAGAUCCUGCGCAACUUCACCAUCUCCAUUGUGGACUCACUGGCAUCAGGUGAUGAUGAUGAAGACAGUGAUGGGGACGGUCCCCACAGAGACCGAAAUGAAGAUCCCAUCUACAUGCACAGAGCUCCGUAUUGGACUCACCCACACCGGAUGGACAAGAAGCUGUAUGCAGUACCCGCAGGAAACACAGUGAAGUUUCGCUGCCCAGCCUCAGGCAGCCCCAGCCCCAGCAUCCGCUGGUUCAAGAAUGGGCGAGAGUUCCGGGGGGAGCACCGCAUUGGGGGCAUCCGGCUCCGGCACCAGCACUGGAGCCUGGUGAUGGAGAGUGUGGUGCCCUCUGACCGUGGAAACUACACCUGCCUGGUGGAGAACAGGUUUGGCAGCAUCCACUACAGCUACCUCCUGGAUGUGCUGGAGAGGUCCCCGCACAGGCCCAUCUUGCAGGCUGGGCUGCCUGCCAACACCACAGCCCUGGUGGGCAGUGAUGUGGAGUUCUUCUGCAAGGUCUACAGUGAUGCCCAGCCCCAUAUCCAGUGGCUGAAACACAUCGAAGUGAAUGGCAGCAGCUAUGGUCCUGAUGGGGUCCCCUAUGUACAAGUGCUCAAGACUGCAGACAUCAACAGCUCUGAGGUGGAGGUGCUGUACCUACGCAAUGUCUCCAUGGAGGAUGCUGGCGAGUACACCUGCCUGGCCGGGAACUCCAUUGGCCUCUCCUACCAGUCUGCCUGGCUCACUGUCCUGCCAGAAGAAGAGCUGGUGCGGGAAGCUGAAGCCCCUGAGGCCAAGUACACUGACAUCAUCAUCUACACCUCGGGCUCGCUGGCUGUGGCCAUGGCCAUCAUCAUCGUAGUGCUGUGCCGGAUGCAGACUCAGUCAAGCAAGCAGCCCCUGGAGCCCAUGGCAGUCCACAAGCUCUCCAAAUUCCCACUCAUCCGACAGUUCUCCCUGGAUUCCAGCUCCUCUGGGAAGUCCAGCACAUCCCUGAUGCGUGUCACCCGUCUCUCCUCCAGCUGCGCUCCAAUGCUGGCUGGGGUCAUGGAGCUGGACCUGCCCCUCGAUGCCAAGUGGGAGUUCCCUCGAGACAAGCUGGUGCUGGGCAAGCCCUUGGGAGAAGGCUGCUUUGGCCAGGUGGUACGGGCAGAGGCUUAUGGCAUCGACCGAGACCGGCCAGACAGAGCCAUCACCGUGGCUGUCAAAAUGCUGAAAGACAGUGCCACUGACAAGGAUCUGGCUGACCUCAUAUCUGAGAUGGAGAUGAUGAAGCUCAUGGACAAGCACAAAAACAUCAUCAACCUUCUGGGAGUCUGCACGCAGGAUGGGCCGCUGUAUGUGAUUGUGGAGUUUGCUGCUAAAGGCAACUUGCGUGAAUACCUCCGUGCCCGCCGCCCCCCAACACCUGACUACGCUUUCGACGUCACAGUGAUGCCUGGGGAGCAGCUCUCCUUCAAGGACCUGGUCUCCUGUGUCUAUCAGGUGGCCCGUGGCAUGGAGUACCUGGAGUCAAAACGGUGCAUCCACCGUGACCUGGCUGCCCGCAAUGUGCUGGUCACAGCAGAGAGUGUGAUGAAGAUUGCUGAUUUUGGCUUGGCCAGGGAUGUCCAUGACAUUGACUACUACAAGAAAACCAGUAAUGGUCGCCUGCCAGUGAAGUGGAUGGCACCUGAGGCCCUGUUUGAUCGUGUCUACACCCACCAGAGUGAUGUGUGGUCCUUUGGGAUCCUCAUGUGGGAGAUCUUCACACUGGGGGGCUCCCCCUACCCUGGCAUCCCUGUUGAGGAACUCUUCAAGCUGCUCAAGGAGGGCCACCGCAUGGACCGACCAUCUAACUGCACCCAUGAGCUGUACAUGCUGAUGCGGGAGUGCUGGCAUGCUGUACCUUCACAGCGUCCCACCUUCAAGCAGCUCGUGGAGGGACUAGACAAGAUCCUGGCAGCUGUUUCAGAGGAGUAUCUGGACCUCUCCAUGCCCUUCGAGCAGUACUCGCCCUCCUGUGAGGACACUGCCAGCUCCUGCUCCUCUGACGACUCUGUCUUCACCCACGACCCACUGCCCCUGACUCCCUGCCUCUUCUACCCCAGUGUGAGGACUUAAGGGGAGACAGGGAAGGGUGAUGCCAAGGCCACCUCUAGCCUUAAAGGGAGUGGGUCUGGGUGCCUACAGGUUCCUUGCUUUGCCUGAUGUGAGUGGUGGGUGGGCAGGGCCCUGAGCCAAGCCACAGCAGCAGGGCAGGGUGUCUCUGGGCUCUCUUUUGUCUCUGAACCUUCAGUCCUGGCUGAGACCUGCCUGGCAUUGUAGGACAGUGGCAGCCAGAGCACCUCUAAGGCAGGCACUGCCUGGGAUGCCCAUGGCAUCACUCAGGGACCCAGGCUUUGGCCAGCACUUCAGUGGAAGUAUCUCUGGGUGGGAGCACUGCUGCCUGUGGGUUUCUGCUGCAUCUGUACAUAGCCAUAGAGAUGAAUAUUUAUGUACAUGAAA